AUGGAACCUAUUCAUCCCGCUGGUGGAGAUAACGAGGGACAAUUGAGGGUGUCUCCUAUUUCAGGACCUAUCGACCCAGUUCUGUUUCAACAAUAUGCUGUCCCAGUUAGAGCAGAUUCCUCCGCUCCAGUUAUAGCAGAUGCCGCCGGGUCAAUUAGGCAAGGGGUGGGGAGUUCCUCUACACGUAGGAAGAGAGUUUUCCUAAAAUCAGAUGAGGAUAAGGCCCGAGUUGUCCGCUUAUACAUUAACAACUUUGGCCGAUAUGGUGAAGGGAAAGAAAAGUGCUUUGAGGCGAUUGGUGAUCUUUACCGGGAAACCUACCCAGACCCGGAUGGAAAUUCACCAAAUAUAAAAGGUUUCAUGCAGCGAUGGUGUGAGACCAGGAGAAAGGAAAUAGAGGAAUCUCGUGGGAAGAGUGGAAUUGCGGAACAAGCGUCUGAGUGGCAGCAGGCGAUGGAUCACUGGUUGGAGUUGAUAAGAGAUUUGGAUAUGCGGGUGAGGGAGGAAAAGACUGCUGUUACUGAACGACAAGCAGCUCUUAGGAAGGAUGUGAGGAGUUUGAGGGUUUCUAUGACAAAGUCUUUUAUGCAGAAAAGACAAGUCCUAUCCGAUACUGAAGAGGACCUUCAUGAUGAGAGAGAGGAAAUUGAGGAUUCUGAUAGUAGCCGGACAAUAAUGAGUCCGUCUGAAACCAGUAAUGUUGGCAAAAAACGGAAACGACAGGAGUCAGAUCCUACUUUUGCUUCUCGACGUCGUACUACGGAUAGGAUAAUUGAGACAUUACUGGAAGGUGAUGAACGUAUGAUGGAGCAGAUGAGAGAGGUGGAGAUGGAAAAAAUUGAGCGAUGGAAGGAGAUACUUGUUGGGUCCUAG